AUGGCGCCCUCUCCCUACGUCUCGAGCCCCUUGGAGGCUGGCUCCCACAUUCAGAACCUGGCUCGAGCCAUCAUGACCCGGGACUCUGAGAGUGAACCCGACCACAAGACUACCAUCCUCCUCAUCGUCCUUGGCCUUUGCGCUCUCUUCCUCGGCUCCGUCACCGCAUUCAUUACCUACCGUCGUCGUCAAAGGAACCUGCACCGCAUGCGUGAGGAUGCCCUCAACGACUACCAAGAGGCCAAGCUUGGCAUGUACGAGAGCACCACAAACCUGAACGGUCUCACCAUCGAGACCAAGCACAAUGGCCGUGCCAGCACCAUUCUCAUUCGACGCGACAGCAACCCAAUGCUCGCCAACCCCAACUCCCCACCCAACUCUCCUGACAACGUCCCAGAAAUCCACAUCACCGUUCCUGAUGAGGUUGACGAGAAGGGCCAGCUGAGGGGCCCUCGUGUUCUCGUCGUCCGCGUUGGUGAGAAUGCCACCGUCGGCCUUGAGCCUAUGACCGAGGAGCAGCUGCCUCCUUACCAGAAGGAUGACAAGAACGGCUUCUACUCGGUGGAUAUGGAUCAAAUUGGCGGCCUCAAGGAGAAGGACCGUACCCAAUUCCAAUAA